AUGCAUUCAAAAAACUGGCAGAAAGUAGGUCGCGAACUAAAUGCCUUGAUUGAAAAGGAGGGUAAUGAUGCUGUUGGUCACAGUAUCUUUUCCUAUUGGGGUCUUAUUCGUGAUAUAAUUGAGUCAUCUGAGAGUGGAGGAGGCCAAAAACAACUUCUCUCUGUUGCUGAAUUUUGCUUGAAGGAGUCCCUUCUGCCUUCUCACUCCCCCUCCUGUGCUUCUCUGCCUCGGUCUUCCUUUACUCUUAUUGAUAUGCCUUCUGACCUUUCGCCUCCCGAUCCCCCUUCCUCUUCCAUUUCUGAUCCCACUGCUGCUCCCCUUUCUCAGAAAGUUAAAGCCCAGCUCCAUUCUCAGAUUUCUGACGCUGCAGAGAUCGUCCGCCUCCAAAAACGACUUUCACUUUUAACCUCUCAUUUUUCCCAAGUGCCCGGUCCAGCUCCUUCUCUUGCCUUCCCUAUUACUCAUUCACAAUCCCAUCCUGACCCCUCCUCUCCCUCCUCCACCCCACAAGAUGAUACCAGGGACCCCCACUCUUCUUCCGAUGCCCCCGCCUGUGAUCGGUCUCCCUCGUGGGCUCCCUCUGUCCACUCUGAGAGGUCUAGUAAUAGAGGUCAGGAGAGUCUUGCCAGUUCUGAUUCUGAAUCUAGUGGGGGAGAAGAUGCCCCUCCCACCAUAUUCCACCGAUUAAAAUUUAAGAAACUUGAGAAAUUGUAUUCUGCGGUCCGUAAUUAUGGGCCUAACGCCCCCUUUACUCUCUCCCUUUUGGAGGAUCUGGCAGAGGGCGGCCACUUGACACCUAAUGAGUGGAUUGCCACAGCUCAGUCAGUCCUCAACCGUUGCAGAGACACCAUUCGAAAAAAUUAUCAACAGGGGUGGCGCACAGCCCAGAAAUGGUCCCUAGACAAAUUGUUGGGCCAAGGCAAAUACUCCACAGAUGAAAAGCAGUGUGCUUUCUCCCUCGGCCUUUUGGCUCACUCUAGCUCUGCUGCCCUUGCAGCCUGGAGGAGCAUCUCUUCCGCUGGAGCACUUCUUUCCCCCAUGACCAAGAUCUUGCAAGGGCCCCAAGAACCUUUCAGCGAUUUUGUUGCCCGCCUCCUAGUGGCGGCCGAGAGAUCUCUCGGUCCAGGGCAGACUGAUAACAAACUUCUUACACAGCUUGCCUACAAGAAUGCCAACUCUGCUUGUAAGGCGAACUUACGAGGUAAAUUUAAGGGAAAAGAUCUAGAUGAGAUGAUUCAGAUGUGCAGAGAAGUUGAUCCUAUCACAGAUAAAUUUACCAAGGCCAUCCUCGCAGUAGGGACAACCACUGGCUCACAGGCCUGCUUCCACUGUGGACAGAAUGGCUAUUUUGCCCGAAACUGCCCUAACCCUACUGCUAGAGGCAUUGAAAACUCUGCCACUUCAGAUCCUCCUUCUUCCCCCGAUAGACCUCCCCCUAACACUGUCUGCCCUCAUUGUAGGAGAGGCUGUCAUUGGGCCAAUACUUGCCAUUCAAGAAUGGAUGUCAUGGUCAACCCUCUUCCCCCGUGUCAGGGAAACUUCUAUGGGGGCCAGUCCCGGGCCCCCAGACCAAUCAUGUUUCAGCCUGCCUCAGGACAGAUUCAACAGGCUCCAAUUCAGCCACCUCCACCCAGCCUACCCCCGCCACUAACUCCUCUCCCCUCUUCCCCACCACAAACCCCGCAUCCUCGGUCCCAACAGGAUUGGACUUCUGUGCCACCUCCUCAACAGUAUUGA